AUGGAACAUCAAUCUGAAAUGGGGGCUUAUGGAGAAAAUCCUAACGUACAAAAUAGUGGAAAUUAUAUAACAAUAAUUCCAGUUGAUUAUUCUCGCAGGGGGUAUCCCAUGCAAGCUGAAUAUCAAUACAAUGAAUUUAGAUCUCGAGAAGAGUAUUAUAGUGUCCAGAGUCAGAAGCUUCAAGCAGAAGUGAACGCGCACUUGUACUCAGUGUCACAGAGACUGCCGCACUUGUCGUACAGUCCUUUGGGGCGGCAUAAUGAGUGGGAUAAACAUGACCCGCAUAAACCACUGCAACCAGAUUCUAAAGAGAGCAACAGUUCGGAUUCGCUUGAGAAGAGUGUUAUGGGGUCCAACCUUAGCAGUUGUUCCAAUCAGACAGGAUCGAGUAGCAUAGCAGCGGGUUCCUUCAGUACUACGGAACCAAUUACCAGUGGAGGCAGUUCGUCCAGCGCGAUAUCACCGCCGUUACCAGGUUCAUCAGGCAGCACAGCUUCAUCUUCCACCGUCUCUUCAAACCCUGUGACUUGCAUUUACUUGAUGUCUCGAACAGCCGUCAUGAUAGAGAUGAGUUCUGAAGAAGUACCGACUUGUGUGACAGCCUCCAGAUUCCUUAAUGCGUUGUUGGCGACUGAAGAACUAGGCCUUUCUCAGCCAAGUACAAGGAGUUUAGCUGCCAAUGUGUUCGCAUUAUGGAUGUGUAGUCCGCUGUUAGAAAUCCAAUUGAAGCCCCACCACUGUCCUUGGAAGUUUUGGGCCAACUGGCAAAAACUGGUGAAUCGUUACGGUCACGGCUCCGAGUCGAGGCGAGGUCGUGACCAACCCGUGUUGAGGCUACAGAGAAACGUUUUCUUUCCGAAACUUCUGGAAGAGGGCAUCAAGGAUUCUCGCAUUCAAGAAUUACUGUACGAAGAAGCUCGGCACAACGUGGUAACAGGACGAUAUCCUCUCGAGAGCGCCCAGGCUGUCAUGCUCGGUGGUCUUCAGGCCAGAAUACAGCUGGGUCCUUACGACCCACACCGUCAUACAGCGAAGUUCUUCAGGGCCCAACAAGACAAGUACCUGCCUGUGCACGCGCGGUCCGGUCGGUGGGCGUCGCUGCUGCCCGCGGGGCGCAAGGGCAGCGCCGAGGCGCGGCUGCUGGAGCAGGCGCAGCGCCCGCCCGCAGCACCGCCGCGGAAACUGCGCCACAAGUACCUGGCGCACACGCGGACACUGCCUACCUACGGAGCGGCGUUCUUCCAAGGUCAGAUCGAACAGCCGGUUCGUAGCCUGACUAGUCUGCUGACUCACGAAGACAUCCCCGUGCUGGUCGCUAUCAACUCCAACGGCGUUUACGUCAUCGAUGACACUGAGAGCACUGUUCUGCUAGGAUUACAGUAUGAAGAACUAUCCUGGGACAUAGGACUGCCAUCAGAUGACAACGAGGAUUGUCUACCGUGUUUGUUCCUCCAGUUCAUGGUUGUGGAGAACGGGCUGCGGGUUUCCAAGAUACUUCAGGUAUUCUCAAAACAAGCCAUCAUGAUGGACACAUUGAUUGAGCACUUCGCAGGAGAGUACAGAAAGAGGCUCGGCCAGGAGACUCCCAGUGAUCACGUUAAUUAUGACUAUCAUUCAGAUUCUGGCAGUAUAUCAUUGCCACCACUAUCUCGGCCAGACUCCCCACAACGGCGCCUGGCCAACAAGUUGUCGCGCCUGGCGCUCGCCACACACGACGGGCGCGGCAACUUGCUCGGCGGCGCCGGCGACUGGAACAUAGACCUGAACCAUCCGCAGCCCUCUUGGAUAUUACCUAAGCAUUAG